AUGUCGCCCGCUACCAUUCGCCUCGGCACAGCUUCUCCCAGCACACAAGCUAGCACUCCCGAAACCAUUGCUCAGCUGGAACAGAUCGCCCGUCGUGCCGCAUCGAAAAAGAUUGACAUUCUCCUGCUCCCGGAAGCUUACAUCGGAGGAUACCCUCGCGGAACGCACUUUGGCAGUGUCAUUGGCUCGCGCACAGCCGAGGGCAGAGAAGAAUAUCUCCGAUACUUCCAAAACGCCAUUGACUUGGGUGAUACCGUUGGUGAUGGAGCCGGUGCUGGGGAAGCAUGGAUCAAACGUGCCUUGCCGGGAGAUGCUGUCCCCGGGUCGAACGAGAACAGCAAGGAGCCUGCUGCGAACAAACGGGGUGAUGGCACCAGGGAACAACUCGAGAGAAUUGCUCGUGAAACCGGAGUAUUCAUUGUCACUGGCCUGAUAGAAAAGACCGGAGGUUCCAUGUAUUGCUCGGUUGUAUAUGUUUGCCCAAAGCAAGGAAUCAUCGGCAAGCGCAGAAAGGUCAUGCCUACCGGCACCGAACGCCUGGUAUGGGCUCAAGGCUCCCCAGCCACCCUCCGCGCAGUAAGCACCAUCAUCCGCGGCGUCCGCAUCAACCUCGGCGCAGCCAUCUGCUGGGAGAACUACAUGCCUUUGGUUCGACAAUCCCUCUACAGCCAAAACAUCAACCUCUACCUCGCCCCCACCGCUGACGGGAGAGACACCUGGCUAUCCCUGAUGAGGACAGUAGCCAUCGAAGGCCGCUGUUUCGUUAUCUCCUCCAACAUGGCCGUCCCCCCUCCUUCCAUCCCUCAACAAAUUCCCAACAGCCACCCAGACUCCUCCUCCGCCAUCCUAACCGAAGAACCCGACCACGAAAACCCCCACGACGACCACACCCCCAUCUUCUUCGACCACCACCCCUCCCCCUUCGCACCCAAACACCACAGCAACCGCCGGGCCUCAUGCCUAACAGAAGAAGGCUUUGAAAUCGCCCUCCCUCGUUCAAAAUCCCCCGCCACUCCCACCACCACCACAACCACACGCCGCGCCACCCCCUCCCCCACCCGCACAACCACCUCAACAGUAAACACCCUCUCCCCCUCCUCCAAGCGCAGAACCUCAGUCUUCGACAAAGACGGCAACGAGAUUGUGCUCUGCUGCAAAAAGCCCUCCCAUGUUACCAACUCCCAAACCCAGCCUAUGGUCCCUCCCGCUCCCAAACUGACAAACUCCAGCAGAGGGGAAUGGGUCUCCAGGGGUGGAUCAAGCAUAAUCUCCCCCUUUGGAGAGGUCCUCUCCGGUCCCCAAUGGGAGGAUAACACCGGCCUCAUCUGCACCGACGUCGACUUUGAGGAUUGCAUCAGGGGACGCCUGGACCUGGACACGGCGGGGAGUUACUCGAGGAAUGAUUCGUUCGAGUUUGGGGUCAGGGGCUUGGAUUUGAGUCCUUUGCCCUAUUGA